AGUGUUUCAAUUUGGUCUAACUAGUGCGCGAGAAACUUGUUAUGGCAAGAUUGAAUUUAUCUUAGUCUGUGAUAAAUAUUGGAACUGUAAUUGUAUUGUAGUUUGAAUAAAUCAGGAUAACUGCGUCGUUGAAAGAAAUGAGUGUGAUUUUAACAAUUUAUGUGAUAGGUUUCCAAAACCUCCCAAAUUUAAAUUUAAGGUUAGAAAAUAUUCAAAGGUAUAGACGUAUUUACAUUAAAUGAUACCUUCAAUGUCAUUCAAUAAAUACUACGUUGCUGUGCAGUGCGUAUUGUUGGUAAAGUAGAAUAAUGGACGAUAACGCCCCUUCCGAGAUUGGCUCGUACACACAAUUGUUGUCCUAGAUUAAAUUGUCAGUUAGUCUUAAAAUGUCAAUACUUUUGUUCAACUCAUGAAGCACGUCAUCGAGCGUGAACUUCCAGGCACAGGGAUGGGGAGGAAGAAGCAACACCAUGGUAAACCGGAUCGCCCCCCCGGCCGAGGCAGGGACACCCAGCACCGGCAGAAGGGGAAAUCACUGGAGGCCUUCACCGAAGAGAUGCACGAAGCUUUGCAAGGUUGGCUGUUAAGAAAAAAAGCUCAGGUGCCAUGUAGUUUCUUCCAGAGCGUGGGCUGCUUGGAGCGAUCUGAGGCUGUGCCUCGUGCGAGAGUUCAGUGCUGUCUGGAAGAAUCCAGCGCCCUCUUGCGUGCAGCCCUGCACUCCCGCAGGCAUCCCGCUGAGUUCUGGAGGCCGCUGUUCCUGUGGGCAAUCCCAGGAUGCAUGCAUGCUUCAGCAACCCGCUACGUGCACGGCCUCAUGGGAUAUCCCUGCCACACUGCCCUUUCAUGGCUGUCCAGGUGUCCUAAUGCGCUGCGGUUUUUGCGCGGCUGUAGGGAGAUCGUGGCCCAGAGCGGCCUGGCAGUGAUCGACUGCUCCUGGGCCAAGCUGGAGGAGACGCCUUUCAGCAAGAUGAGGGGAAGCCACCCCCGGCUCCUGCCCUACCUGGUGGCCGCCAAUCCGGUGAACUACGGCCGGCCUUGUAAGCUGUCCUGCGUCGAGGCCUUUGCUGCCACCUUCUGUAUCGUUGGGUUCAGGGACCUGGCCGUCAUCCUGCUGAGGAAGUUUAAGUGGGGGAAGGUGUUCCUGGACCUGAACGAAACCUUGCUGGAGCGCUACGCCGCCUGCCGCUCGGAGGAGGAGCUGCUGGAGGUGGAGAAAGAGUUCCUGGCUGCCAAGCCGCAGGAGGACGACAUAGAUCCCUUUGACGUAGACUCGGGAAGAGAGUGUUCAAACCCCAACAGACCGAGAUGGGCCGCGCAGGAGGAAGAGGAGAGCGACAGUGAUGAGAGCGAGAGUGAGGAGGACUCCGGCCCUCAGGUGGAAGAGGAUCAGGCCGAAGAGCAGAGUGAGCAAGAGGAUGGAGAAGAGGAAGGCAAGUCUUGCGCCACUCCUAGUGCUGACGUCAUAUGGAAGGGAGCAAAGAAAAGGAUCAGGAACUGACCACGCGUUAUUCAGCAGUAAAGACUCUGUUGUGUUCGUGUCUAAUUUGCAAUUUAGAACGUUUUGCGAUGGAAAAAGGCAAGUUUUCUGUAUCAAAUCUUGUGCAGCUUAAGACAGUCAAGAAAAGCAUUUUUGCUUGUUGUCAGGAAUCUCUGAUACCUUUUUUUUCUUAUCAUUCUAGUUAGACAGUCCCCCUUAUUUUUGUCUGUAUUCAUUCAGAAAUUCAAAUAUACUCAAAACUGUUAUUUCGGACCUUCAGGAAUAAAUCUUGAAGUAAUCCUGGUAAGUAUGAAGAGAACAAAAACUGUUUAGAGAUGAGUCAAAGACACAGACAUGUCAGGAAAAAUAUUUCCUGACAAAGAGCUUCCAGGGUUUGCGAAAAGGUUGCUAGAGAUCAAACAUUUCAGGUGGAAUACAAAGAUCUUUUAUCAGGUGGAGUCUGACUUUUGUUUUGGUGUUUUUCAACUCCUCCUUUUAUUGCUUAUGUACGUUGAAUAAAAAUUUGGUUACAAACAAAAGGGGGCCGGUUGGUCAAUCUAGUUUGUGUGGGUGCUAGUAGCUAAUUGAUUGGAGGACUUCAUUCCUGAGGUUAGGGGGAGGGUUAAGAAAUUAGGGUAUCAUCUUUAACAGCAUGACUGGGUUGCCUGUUCCAGAGGCCUUUGUGUGUCUUAUAAAACCCUUGGUUUGAAAAGACCUUGGGGAAAAAAAGGUUGUAGCUGAGCUGAUAAUUAGAGCAAUAUAGUUGAUGGAGCUUAAAUUUCCCUAGGAACAACAACAUCCAAGACUUAAAAGCUUUGCGAAUGCUUGGAUUAAUUUGCAGAGAGGUUUGGUUUUAAUGAGGAAGCUUGAACCCCUUCAGAGAGGAGUGAACCAAGAUGUAGCUGCAAGGUGGAGAUGGGACAAAGGAGAGAUGCUUGAGACAAAUGGCGAAGGAGGUGUUUGUGAUCGCUAGAUAGUGCUUAUUUCUGUAAUGGUUGUGGUUAGGAACAGCUGUGUGGUAUUGACUCCCGAACUACAGUUAAUAAGUUCCAUUUAAAUGAAAAACAAGGCACUGCUGUCUCACUCUUACCGGGUAUGAGUGUGGUGACACUGCGUGUUAAUUAGAUGUGUCUGUGUUGUACUGUGUGUCACUCUAAGUGCACAGACCUUGAACGCAGCAUGAAUCAUGAUUCACUCGGUGCAAAGUGCACCAAACUGCAGUACCUGUGCCAGAACUUGCGUAUAAUUAAAAUCAUCUAAUGCUCUCGUUAAUCCAGUUUACACAGGAAAAUGUUUUUCUUUUUGUUGGAAAGUAGAACAGUGGAAAUGGGGUUAAAAUUAUAUUGAUAUGACGCUGUUAAUAAAUAAUUUAUCUACU